AUGGCGCUGUUCGAGUGCGAUUGCCCGAACAGGCAGGCUUGCUGCUCGCACGCCUAUGCCGCCAUCGUCGCGCUGCCCCAGUACAGGCACCGGGCCGCGCUGCUGUGGCUCAUGCAGGAGGAGGCGUGGGCCAAGGGCCAUGACGGAAAGUGGACGCGUGACGUCACCGACGUCGGGGCCACGGGGGCGCGGCUGAAGAAGAGGCUCCUGGAGAGACUCCCCCUGGACGACCUGGUGGACGCGGCAGUGGAGGCGUCUCUUGGGCUGUACGUCCGGGUGCAGUCCCUGCGGGACGGCAAGGAGCCCAAGAUGCACAGGUACUGGAGCGGAGCCGUCGAAGGGGCGCUCAGGAAGCUAGGCGAGAAGGUGGACGGAGCCAUGGCGGAGGACGAGGAGGAGGGCGAGGCGCCCGGCGCCCAGGCCCUCAAGCGCCUGUCCGCCUUCGUGGAGAAGCUGUCGAUGAAGAGGCCCCAGGUCGCGCCCCUGCUGGCGGCCCUGGCGUCCGGCGAGCUGGGCGAGGAGGGCGAUAGCGGCGGGCAGCCGCCGCUGCUCGCUUCCCUGCAGCACCGCCGCUGGAGCCGCCUGUCGCGGCAGGUGUGGGCCUACGUCGCGGGGGCCACGGCGCAGGGGCCCGAGGCCGCGGGGCCGGGCGGCGUCUCCCUGGAGGACGUCCGGGGCGCCGCGGCCGCGGCCGCCGAGGAGGCCGUGGGCGAGCUGCCGGGGUGGGGAGCGAUGCGGCUCGCCGAGCGCCUGUGGCACGUGGAGCGCCUCGCCCUGCAGGGCCUCGGCGCCGAGACGUUCGCGGAGCUGCGCGUGCCGCGGCCAGACCUGGGCAUGGGGGAGGCGGGGAGUUACCGCAGCUUCCUGGAGCUCCUGGUGGACUGGCCCGAGGCCCCCGAGAGCCUGCAGGACGGCCCCGCGGCAGGCGCCCCCGCAGGCGCCGGCGCCGAGAUCGUGGAGAGGGAGGCCGCAGCGCUGCUCGACGACGUGGGCCGGGAGGCCCUCGGCGCCGAGGGCGGCGCGGAGCGCCUCGCGGCGCUGCUCAACGAGCACUUCGGCCGCCUGGGCGAGGCCGCCGACUGGGGCGCGGCGGCCGCGGCUGCGCUGGCGGCGCCGCCGGUGUCGGACGCCUGGAGGCAGAGCGCAGUGUUGCCCUCGUGCGCCGCGGCGUGGGAGGCGGAGUGCGCCACCCCCGACGCCUCGCCCUUCGCCCCGCUGGCCUCCGAGGGCUGGGAGGCGCUCGGGCAGGCGUACGCCGCCGCCGCGGAGGCGGAGGACGCCGCGGCGGACUUCCCCGCCCUGGCGGGGGACAUCCUCGGCUGCCUGCCGAAGCCCUUUGCCCGCUGCCGGCCGGUGGCGAGGUUCCUGCUGGAGCCGCUGGGGCCGGCGAGGCCUGGCGCCGCCGCGGCAGCCGCGGCAGCCGCCGCCGCCGCCGCCGCGCCCGGCGGCCCCGCGGCGGCGCCGCGGCUCCCGGCCGCCCGCGCCGAGCGCGGGCGCGCGCCGCCCGGCGCCGCGCCCGCGGCGCAGGCCUGCCCAGCGGCGCCGCGCGGCGCGGAGGCCAGUGUGGCGGAGCUGCCCGCGAACCCAGCCGAGGCGCUGGUGUACAGGAUUCGGCUGGAGGAGUUCGGAUUCCAGGGCGAGGCGCUCACAGGCGGGGAGCUGCAGCAGAAGCAGAAUGCGCGGCUCGCCCGUGCGCUGAGGCGCCUGGCCGGCGAGCUCUACGGCAGCGACGUGCACUGGCAGCUGGAGCUGCUGCAGAACGCCGACGACAACGCGUACGAGGAGGAGCUGGAGCCCACCGCGGAGUUCCUCCUGCGCAGCCGCGGCGGCAGGGGGGAGGUCGUCUUCCGCUGCAACGAGAACGGCUUCCGGGCGGCGGACAUACGCGCCAUCUGCGACAUUGGCAACUCCUCGAAGGUUGGGGUCGCGAAGUAUGCGGCCGGCGGGCGCGUGAUGGCCACCGGCGAGAAGGGGCUGGGCUUCAAGGCCGUGUUCGCGCUGAGCGACGCGCCGCGCAUCUUCUCGGGCCCCUACCGCAUCGAGUUCGACUCCGCGCACCCCAGCGGCAUCGGCUACGUGCUGCCGCGCUGGCUGGGCGACCAGGAGGACUGCACGGAAGCGGAGGAGCUCCUGCAGGUGGCCAUCGUCGACGAGACGGCCGUCCCCGGCGGCACGGGCGGCGUGCGCAUGCGCCGGGCCGGCGGAGACGCUCUCGGGUCGCCAGCGGCGCGCUGGAGCGAGACCACGAUGCGCGUGGAGGUGGAGCUCUCGCGCGCCGGCGGCCCCUGGGAGGCGGAGUCGUGGCUGCUGCUGCGCCGGCGCUUCGAGGUGCCCGCGGGCGUGUCGAAGCCGGGCAUCUCGGCGCCCCCCGCCACCUCGCUCGUCGAGCUGGCGCUGCCCCUCAACGAGGAGGGGGCCUUCGAUCGAGGCCGGGGGCCGCAGCCCGUGUACGCGUUCCUGCCGGUGAGGUCCUUCGGGCUGCCGUUCGCGCUGCAGGCGGACUGGGCCGUGUCCUCGUCGCGCGAGGAGCUGCUGUCGGGCUGCGCGUGGAACGAGUUCCUCAAGGCUCAGCUGCCGAAGCUGCUGCUCGAGCUGGUCGGGGCGGCGAGACGCGAGCCGGCGGAGUCGCCUCUGCGCUGGAGCUUCUACAGCGCCAUUCCCCCUCUGGCCACUGCGCAGCCCUUCUUCCGGCCAGCGGUGGCGCAGCUGCACUCCGCUCUGCGCACGCACGAGUGCAUGCUGACGGACGAGGAAACCUUUUGUCUCCCUCGCAUGGCGCUGCGGUGCACCUCCGAGGUGCGUGCGGCCUUUGCGCAGUUGCACGGUGAGGGCGAGCCGGCCGAGAGCUCAGCGCCCACAGCCGACGCCUGCAUGGUCCCGUCGCCGCUGCGGACGGCGCUGCGGCUCCAAGGCCUGCACCUGGUGCACGAGCGUGUGGAGGCCUCGGUGCCUGCCGGCCUCUUGGACAGCCUCGGCGUGCAGAGGCUGGGAGCGGCGCACCUGCUGCGGCUGCUGCCAGCGGCCGCGGGGGCCGCCCAGGGGCUCCCGUGGUGGCGCGGCGUGCUGGCCCUGCUGGACGAGCUCCUCGACGCCGCGCCCCGCGCCGACGUCGGGCACCUCGUGGAGGUGGCGCGCAAGCUGCCGCUGCUGCCGCUGGAGGGCGGCGCGCGGGGCGCGGCGGCGGAGGGCGCCUUCCUGCCCCCCUCCGCGGCCGAGGACGCGCGGCGGCUCCCGCCCGCGCUGCUGCAGGAGCUGCGGGCGGUGGAGCCCGGCCUGCUCGCCGAGGAGGGCGGCGGCGCAGACGCGCUGGCCGCGGCGCGGGUGCGCAAGCUGCUGCGGCGGCUGGGGGUCGCGGCGCUGACGCCCCGGCAGGUGAUGCGGGAUGCCGUGCGGCCGCUGUUCGGGGCGCACGCGCCGCCCUGCCUGCUGCCGGCCGCGAGCUGGCCGAGGCCUCUGGGCACCCUUCUCGCCUUCGCCGGCUUCGUGGCCGCGCACGCCGAGCUGGCGGAGGAGCUGGGUUCGGCGCCCGUCGGAUGGCCCCUGGCCGACCUCGAGCGCGUGGCGGUGGGCUCGCGCUUCGGGGCCCCCGCGAUGCACUCCCCCAGGGCCGCCGCCUUCCUGGAGGCCGCCCGGGGCAGCUCCGUGGAGCCCCGCCUGCCGGCCGCGCCCCUGGGAGGGCCGUGCGCGCCCGCGCAGCUCGGGGCGGCGCUGGAGACGCUGGGGCUGGCCCUUGGCGGGCCGCUGAUGGAGGCGCUGCCCGGGGGCGACUGGGGCAGCCGCGAGUUCGAGGCCCUCGCGGCCCUCGCGGCAAAGGAGGGCGGGCCUCCGGGCGCCGCGCGGGCGAGGCUGCUGGCGCAGGCGCUCGAGGCCGCCUGGCCUCAGUACGAGCGCUACAUGGCGCGGGCGGACGGCGAGCCCUCCUCCUUUGCCCGUGCGCUGCGAGAGACGCGGUGGAUACCCGCCGACGCAGCCCCUGGAGAGGAGCCGCCCGGCGACGAGGCCGCGGCGGCGCUCCUGAGGCCCAGCGAGGCCAUCGCCAGCACGCCGGCCUUGCGCGCCGUGUUCCCGGAGGCCGCGCUGCUGGCGGGGCGCCUGACGACGGCAGUGUCGGGGGCGUUCGCGGAGGCGCUCGGCGUGGUGCAGGAGCCGUCGGUGGAGCUGGCGACGGGCGUGCUGCGCGGCUUCGCGCGGGGGGCGCCCGUGGGCCCCGAGGCAGCCACUGCCGUAUACGGGUACCUGCAGCGCCAGGGCGCGGACCUCUCCCCGCUCCGCCGCGCCCUGUGCGUCGCCGUGGCGGCGGGGCGCCCGGCUGCGCUCCCUGCCGACUGCGUCUGGGAGGACGAGGGCGGGGCGGCCGCAGCUCCGGCGCUGCUGGCCCUCUACGGCCCGCAGUGGCGGGGCUUCUUCGUCGAGGGCCUCGGCGUGCCAGAGCGGCCCACGGCGGAGCAUGCCCUGCGCCGCCUGGACCACCUGACCGGGCCCGGCAGGACAGACGGCGUGGACACGGCGGCGGUGUGGGCCGUGCUGCUGCUCAUAGCGGAGCGGUGCGCCCAGUCCAGCGGCGAGGAGGCGAGCGAGUGGCGUCGGGCGCCUGCGGCGCUGUGGGGCCGCGCCUGCAUCCCGCUGCGGGGCGACGGCCUCGGGGUGCCCUCGGAGGGCGUGCUCUUCGCCGACGACUGCUCGCAGGUGCCUCCCCAAGUCUUGGAGGCGACGCAGGCGGCAGUGCCCUUCGCUGCGACGCCGCCCAUGGGAGCGAGAAGCGCUGAGCAUUGGCCGUCGCUCCUGCUGUCAGCUGGGGUACGAGCGCUGUCCUCCGCCUGCGUCGUCAGGCCAGUGCACAGCGCAGCGCAGCCAGCAGUGCAGCUGUUUCGUUCGGUGGCCGCGCUGUUGCCGCUGGCGCAACGGUACCUCUUCCACCGCCACCAGGCCGUCCACGACAGCGUGCGCGAGGCGGCCGCCUCGAGGGUGCGUGCCCUGCACGUCCGGCGCGUGAUGCAGACGCUGGAGCUGACGUGCGAGGUCACCCCCCGCGAGGGGGAUGCCCCGACCGUGACGACGCUCCCAGUGGAUGCCUUCUUGGAGGAGAGGGCGGCGCGGGCCGCCCCGAGGGCACGAGCGGCACGCGGCCGCCGCUCCUGCUGGUGCUCCACGGCGCCGCCAUGCCCACCAUCUGCGUGCAGCUGGCCCGGCUGCUGGUGCCGCCGGCCCCCGCGGGCUCACCGGGCUCCGCCGCGGCGGCCUCGGCGCAGCACGCCCGCGAGGCGCUGGCGACCUUCCUGGUCUCCGCCGCCGCCGGCAACGGGGAGGAGAUCUGCAGGGCGCUGGGCGUGGGCGAGGCACCAAAGGAGCUCGAGCUGUGGCCCGUGCCGCAGGAGCUCGAGGGGGCGGAGGCCGAGGGGCCCUCGGCCGCGGCGGCGGACGCGGCGGGAGGCGGCGCCAGUUCGGACGAGGGCGAGUACGGCAAGGCCGUGCAGCAGCGCAGCACGGCCGCCCGCUCGGACCCAUACGGCGGAGGAGGCGCCGAGGAGGAGGAGGAGGACGCCGCCGAAGGGGCCGAGGGCGCCGACGCAGAUCCUGGAGCGGAGCACCUGGGGGCAGGAGAGGACGCCCGCACUGGCUGGCGCGAUGGCUGGCGCGAGGCCGCGGAAGGCGAGGAGGACGAGGCCGAGGCCGGCGCCGACGCCAAGGGCGGCGAGAAAGGCAAAGACAGCGGCAAGGGCAAGGGCAAGGGCAAGGGCGAUGGCGACGGCAAGGGCAAAGGCGAGGGCAAAGGCGAGGGCAAAGGCGAGGGCAGAGGCAAGGGCAAGGGCAAGGGCAAGGGCGAGAAAGGGGACGGCCGCCAGGCCUGGGACAUGGGCGACGUGUUCACCGGCCUGCCAGCCAGGGCGAGAGCCGAGCCGAUCGGCGAGAGCUCGGAGAGCAAGCCAGAAAAGGUUUUCCAGACCCGCGUCUACGAUCUCGAGGAUGUGCGGGAGCAGGCAGCCAGGUCUGCCCUGCCGCCGGUCCCCGCGGGCGGCGACGACGACACCGAGGUGCGUCACAGGACAGGGCGCUGGGGCGAGGAGUUCGUCUACACAUACCUUAAGCGCAAGCUCGAGGGUGGCGGCCCGGAUGCUCAGGAGAGGGCGAGCGGAAGCGAGUGGUCUGGGUGAACGAGCACGAGGAGAGCGGCCUGCAGUACGACGUGCGGGUCGAGGACGCCCGCAGCGGGGACCCGGAGGCGUACGUGGAGGUGAAGACGACGCGCUCCAGGGGGAAGCACGUGUUCGAGAUGAGCUACCGGGAGUGGACCUUCGCGCAGAAGGAGGGCAACCGCUACGUCAUCUUCCGCGUGCAGAACGCCGGGCACACGACGUGGAGCUGUGCUCGAUCACGAACCCGUUCCGCCAGUGGAAGGACCUGAACCUGGGCAUGUGCCUGAGCUUCUGAGGGGCGCUGGUCAGCUACGCGCAGAGGGGGCUGGGUAGCAGCGUGCUCCCUCCCCCCCCUCGCCGUUCUCUCCCCCUCUCUUCGGCGCGUCUCGCCGCGUGCCCAAAGAAGGGGCGCCCCGUGCCGUGCCGUGAUGCCUCAGGCCCAGAUUCAUCCUAGAUGCGGAUGAACAGCGUGACCCGCCAGAUCCUGGGACCUGUGCGCUGUCAUAUAAGCUCCGAAAAUGAACUGAGCAAACAUGCACGUCGGCCGAUCAAUCGACUGGCCAAUGAAUCGAACAACAGCUGCCGCUUCACGAUGCAGUGCCACAGGA